AUGGCAGCUCUCGGUAUGUCUACUGCCUACUUCUCAACCCCAUCCCUCCUCGUGUUCGGUCCCAUAUCUGCAGGGAUUCCUUUGCAAUUCCCCGGAGAGGAAGGUCUGAGGACCCUCGCUCGUACGGAUGCUCAUGCUUUGAUAGACGAUAUUCCGUGGAUAGAUUCCAUGGCACCCUCAACUUACUCGCAGGACCAUACGGACCCCCAGCCUCCGACGGUCGCUGCCUUUUCUCCCACCACCAUUUCCGGCUCGUCCUUGACAUCCAAGCAACGUUCCAGCAUCAUUGUUCACCGUAAAUCUCCGCUGCUGGUAGCCACUCCGCCGCCCGUCACGCGAGCGUUGGCCUACUCGCACCCGUUCAUUUUACCCCUGAAUAAACUGGUGGGCUUGUUGACCUGGACCAGCGGCGAUGCAUGGCAGAGCUUCCUCCUCGUGUCGGCCUUUUGGGCGAUAGUUCUAUAUGGCGACGCCAUCAUUCUAUUUGCCGGCCCGCCGUUGCUCGUAACCGGCCUCAUCCUGGGCAUGUACUGGAGGCGCUAUUCUCCCCUGUCAUCGAGAGCUUUCUCCGGGGACAAACCGGGCCAUCAAAGAGUUGCUUCCGAUGGCUCCCUGCGCCACCAUGACAGCCUUGAUGAAAUCGUGGAAACCAUGCGCACCUUUACCACGCGGUGCAAUAUCUUGUUGGAGCCCCUUUUGGAGCUGACUGACUUCCUGUCCACUCAAAGGACUGCCACCUCUGCCACCACCAGACCGGCUCUCACCACUCUCUUCUUCCGCAUCCUGUUCGUGACCCCAAUCUGGGUUGCGUUGACUCUACCUCCUUUACAUCUCAUCACUACUCGUCGUGUCAUCCUAAUUGUAGGCACCGUCAUCCUCACUUAUCAUUCCCGCCCGGCGAGGGUGUCACGCGUUAUCCUCUGGCGAUCCCUAACGGUCCGCCGCAUAUUUUCCAUAGUCACGGGCCUUUCAUUCGCGAUGAACGUCGACAAAAUGUCAUCGCGAACGCAGAGCCAUGGUCAUGCCAUGAACAUUGCAACCCGGCGACACAGAGAUUCCUCAGGCGUGCGCUUUACCUUCAUAAUAUAUGAAAACCAACGUCGAUGGCUUGGAAUAGGGUGGACCUACUCUCUGUUCCCCUCAGAACGUGCUUCAUGGACGGAUGAGCAUCUGAACCAUGUUCCCGCCAAAGACGAAUUCGAGCUGCCCGAAGUGCAAAAUGGCAGCGCCAAGUGGCGCUGGGUAGAGGGCAGUGAGUGGCGCAUUGAAGGUGCCGACGAGUCACACAGCAAAGCAGACGCUAAAACCUCUGAUGGCGGUGGUUGGAUCUACUAUGAUAACAAGUGGAACGACGGUCGUCGUGGCCAAGAUGGCUGGGAUCGAUAUACUCGGCGCAGAAAAUGGUGUCGCGAUGCCGAGCUGGUGGAAAUCCCUUUAGGAUCGGAGAAAGCAUCUGCAGAGGCUACGUCCGGCUUAACCCAGGCAUUCGAGCAGCAGAAACAGAAGGAAUCCGGCGUUCUUGACGUUUCAACAGCCGAUGCUGAUUCCCAGAGUCUCGCCCCGUCUACCUCCUCCAAAACGCGGAGACGGCGGUGGUUUGGGAGCUCGAAGAGUGUAAGCGACAAAGCCAGCAACAUCUCCUCUGCACCAACAGCCUCCAACAAUAACUCGUCCGUAGAUCUCGGCAGAAUAACGUCGGCUCCUGGUUCCAACCUCGGCAAAAGCACCUCCAGGCCGAUCAGCAUCCCGGCCCGAAAACUAUCCAAUUAUUCCCGGAGUUCCAGCGGCAGUCAUGGCUUGGAUGGAAGUGCGCAAGGAAGUAACGCUACCAGUGAAAGUACAAGUAUGCGAGAAAAAGAGAUUGCCCACGCGCAAGAUCAUCUCGAUCGCUGGGGUACUCGAGCUGCUGGGGGCACUGAACGGGCGGAGCGAGAACUGGGCUUGGGGGACGAGGUUAAUAUGGGAUUAAGUUGA